GUGGAGGUGAAGGCACAGGUGAUGAAGAGGAGUGAUGCGGGGUGGGUGCCCAUCGAUGGUGGCGGGUUGAGUGUCGUCGGUCUGAGCUCCCUACCAACCGAAACAAAAGUUGAUAAUGUUCAAUACAGAGUUAAUGCAAGGAGAGUCAAAGAUAACGCAAGUCUACUGAAUUGCAUAUUAAAGAAGGACCUCUCGUACACCAAGGGCAACUCGCUCUUCCAUCAUUGGCAGACUCAGGGGCAGAAGUUUGGUCUGACGUUUCAUAGUUCAACCGACGCUACAACGUUUGAACAGUGGAUAUGCAAUGCUAAACGUAAUCUGGCUGGUAGUCAGACAAGUAUUGUCGAUGACGAUGCAGUUGAGGAGGGCGAUGCUUGCAACAACAACAGCAGCAGCAAUGCCGUCGCAGGUGGCAGUGAUGUGGUUAGACCAGUGAGAGUUGAGAACAUUCAUUGCAGGAGGAACAUGAAGAUGGAUAGGAAACGGAUACAUCACCGCAAGAGUGAGGAUCGAACAAAUGUCUGGAUCAAACGAGAAGAUCUAUCUAUGCCCGAGUUUUCCGCCAUGAACUGCUACACAACCGAUUCCAGCUACGUUCAAUUUUCAAACAACAAGAAAAACAAUUCGAGCACAAACAGUAGCAAUAGCAAGCAGAACAUAGAGAGGGAAUGCUUCUCAGUGACCAGUUUGAGUUCGAAACAUUCAUCGUCAGGCAACCUGCAGCAACUGCACAUGGCACAAUCGAGACGGCGCUGUCUCAAAUGUCGAGAGUUCUAUUACGAGACUGAAAACUGCGCCGGAAGAUGCGCGUACGGUUCGGACCAGUGCUUGAAAUGCGUUGAAGCUGUGUCGUGUGUGGCUUGUGCCCGCGCUCUUCUCUACCACUUUGCUGCUGAUGAAAAUGGAGAUUAUGGAGAGGUUUGUUCAUGCACGGAUGGACACCAUAGAAAUUUUAAAAAGUGGUUUCUCUCGGCCAUACUUUCCGUUUUUAUGCCUUGUCUUUGCUGUUAUCCACCUCUCUCUGCUUGCCAUAAAUCCUGCGUCAAAACUGGAAAAUGUGGUGCUCGACACAAAUGCGACUGA